UCUCUCUCAAAAAAUGUGGGAGAAGUAAAAGGGAGAAAUCAACCAAUCUUAUCAUCCAAAAUAAAUUUACAUCAACAAUUUAACUAAUUAAAAUGGAUCAAAUUAUGGGCAAGGUUGGAACCUAUUGGUUUAGUAACAGCAAAGCCGGCCAAGAUUUGGGUUCCGUCAGCAAGGAUAUCAAUAAUGUUCCGAAAAAUAUUAAAGGAGGAGCAAAGAAAUUGGUCACUUCAGUAACAGAAAAAAAACAAAAACCACUGGGUGAACUGCUGCAGGAAUUUGACUUACCACCUGGUAUUUUUCCUCGUGACGUCAAAAAAUACGAGUUUGAUGAAGAAACAAAAAAGCUAACAGUGUCGGUACCAACAAUAUGUGAAGUGAGUUACAGAGACUCAUCUAUAUUAAGGUUUUCAACAAGUGUGACAUGCCAUAUUGAGAAAGGAAAACUGAACGACAUAGAAGGGUUGAAAACAAAAGUGAUGAUAUGGGUAAAAGUAACAUCCAUUGUUGGUGAAGAUUCGAAGUUGCAUUUCGCAGCAGGCUUGAGGAAGACCAGGGAAAGAAAAGUCUAUCAGGUUAUUAGAGACGGAGUACCCGUAGAUAAGUUCUAA